AUGAUCUCCUUCCUCACCGUUGCAAGAUACGCAGCCCCACUGCUAGCAAGCGUCCUUAUCGGACGGAUCGCCCGAGACGACCCUGCCUAUCGGUGGGAAAUGGGCCUUUGUGUCGCAUCAGGCGCGAUCUGCGCCUACGUUUACCUUCGGGUUGACAUGGUUUUCCGUGGGCCACCCGACAGUCACGUCUAA